AUGGGGCGGCGGUCCAGCGCGUCGCCGGUGGGGUCGGGGGAGCCGCUGCUGCCGGAGGUGCGGAAGUGCGUCAGCGGCGGCGCGACGAUGCAGCGGUCCCUGUCGCGGGCGGACGACGAGCUGCAGUGGUUCCGGUCGUGCCUGCGGUGGGUGUGCAUGGACCACUCCGCCCCGGGCCGCGCAGCGCUGUCCUGGCUGCUCUUCCUGCUCCUCGCCGUGGUCGUCCCGGCCACCGCGCACUUCCUCCUCACCUUCCGCCCCUCGCGCCGCCCCUUCGACGCCGUCGUCCAGGUCUCGCUCUCCGCCGCCUCAGGCGCCAGCUUCCUCUGCCUCUCCUCCUCCUUCCGCCGCAUCGGCCUCCGCCGCCUGCUCUACCUCGACAAGCUCCGCACCAACAGCGACCGCGUCAGGCUCAACUACACCGCCCGCCUCGCCUUCUCCUUCCGCCUCCUCGCCUCCCUCGUCGCGCCCUGCUUCGCCGCCGAGGCCGCAUACAAGGCCUGGUGGUACGCUACCUCAGCCGACCGCGUCCCCUUCUUCGCCAACGACGUCCUCAGCGACGUCCUCGCAUGCUCCCUCGAGAUGGCCUCCUGGAUGUACCGCAGCGCCAUCUACCUCCUCACCUGCGUCCUCUUCCGCCUCAUCUGCCACCUCCAGGGCCUCCGCCUCGAGGACUUCGCCGGCUCCCUGCUCGUCGAGGUGGAGGAAGGGAGGAUGGGGGUGGAGCGCGUCCUCAGGGAGCACCUCGACAUCCGCAAGCAGCUCAAGGUCAUCAGCCACCGUUUCCGUCGGUUCAUCGUCGCCGCGCUGCUCAUCGGCACCGCCAGCCAGUUCGCCUCCGUGCUCCUCACCACGCGCCACGACUCCAUCGACGACCUCCUCCACACCGGCGAGCUCGCGCUAUGUUCAGUGGUGCUCAUGUCCGGGCUCAUCAUAAUCCUGAGCAGCGCCGCCAAGAUCACUCACCAAGCGCAGGCCCUCACGGGCCAGACCACCAAGUGGCACGCCUGCUGCACAAUCGAGCCGGUCCCGGACGACGAGAUAAAUCCGGGAUCCAACCAGAACUCCAUGCUGGAAGAGUACCCCGAGGACGAGAGCGACUGCGAGUCCAGCGAGGAGACCGGUGAUGAGGACAUGCUGGAGAACACCAAGUUCCUCCAGCCUCACACGCACGUGAUCUCCUUCCAGAAGAGGCAGGCACUAGUGACGUACCUGGAGAACAACAAGGCCGGCAUCACCGUGUUCGGGUUCACGCUGGACCGGUCGUACCUCCACACCAUAUUCAUGCUCGAGUGGACGCUCUUCCUGUGGCUGCUGGGGAAAAAUAUUUUUUUGCUGUCGCCGGUUUGA